UGUGAGUCACUCCUCAUCAAUUGACAAGGAAAAGGCGGCACUAAAUAUGGUUCCAUCGCACCUGAGAGGACCUCAUCGACAUCAGCUCUCCCUUUGAGGGGCUAACCCGCCGCACUGCUUGUUUUUAACGCUGUUUACGGACUUGUAGAGACGCCACAACAGUGACGGACUGUGACGGCAGCAAUAGGUAGAAUAGCCCUACAUUCUUUGGGUAAACAACGUCGUCUUCGUUCCAAGGAAGACUACGGAAGUUAUCUGCCCGAAGACAGGAAAUCACCGCAGGCUCGAGAAGACGUGGAAUCUGCUUCUUCUUUUUUUUACGUUUUGUAUUUAAAUUGUUUACACUAAAUCGGAUUGGCUUUCCAGUGCUGCUUUAAUCAUGCCUGGCCACAGGAGACAGCCCAGCACAGAGCUACUGGAAUUAAUGGGAGUCGUGAGAGAGAAUGGCAAUGAUCAGAAGUCACUUCCUCCUGUGGGAACGCCACUGUCGUACGACUACAUUUUGGUGGCGAAAACGAGAGAGCCCCAUGAUCGAGAGGCCGUCAAAAAGCAAAACGAAUUCAUUGAAGAACUGAAAAAGAAACAUUUCAAAGUCAAAAAAAUCAUAGACGAGGACCUGGUCUUCUUUGGCAUGCAAGCUCCUAAUGAGAUUUUUGAGAAGUACCGAUACCUGCUCAAAGUUUCUGACGCCUGUAAUUGGAGCUCAGACCAGAACCACGUGCCUCUCAGCACCAGGAUCAGGGUGGUCCACUUCAUCUUGAAUCACACACCUAUUCAUUCAGGAGAGAAUCUUCGAGAACUCAUGAGGAUGAAGGUAUUUGAGGCGAAAUUCUGCCUACAUGAGAAAAAGAAACAGCAAGAGUUGACAAAAAGCUGGGCUCGAUGGACCGCUUGUUUCCAAGGGCAACCCAUAACUGAUAUCAGGAACUACUUUGGGGAGAAGGUGGCCUUGUACUACCUGUGGCUGGGCUGGUACACAUUCAUGCUCAUCGCGCCUGCUGUCAUCGGAAUCAUUGUCUUCCUCUAUGGCAUCGCCUUCUUCACCACGUCGCCCCUCAUAACGGAGGUCUGCGAGGCCGACACAGUCAUGUGCCCGCUUUGUGACAAAUGCAAAGUGUGGAUGCUCUCAGACACGUGCACCUAUGCCAAAGUGAGCUUACUGUUUGACAAUAACGGCACAGUCCUCUUUGCCAUGUCAAUGGCAGUUUGGGCCACACUGUUUUUGGAGUUCUGGAAAAGACAUCGAACAACCUACGUGUGUGACUGGAAGGUGUCUGAUUGGUGUGAGGAGGAGGAGGAACUAAUCUUGGAGAUUGUCAACAACGCAAACUGUGAACCCAAAAAACACAAGCACUCCUAUCUACGCAGCACUCUGGUUUUGAUCUGUGUCACACUAAUGAUACUGGUGAUAAUCGGUCUGACAUACGCACUGGUGGUGUUCAGGGUGAUUGCAGCAGGAGAGUUGGCUGAGGGAUCAUGGGAAUUCCUGAGUACGCACGCCAUCAGUGCAGCCAUGAUGCUGGGCGCAGUCCUCCAUUACCUGAUCAUCACUGUCAUGACGCGGGUCAACAAGUACGUGGCCGGGAAACUCUGCCGAAUAGAGAAAACUAGAUCAUUUGCCGCCACGGAAAGGAGUUUCACCGUUAAGAUGUUCACCUUUCAGUUCUUCACCUAUUUUUCCUCACUCUUCUAUGUGGCCUUUUUCCUCGGCAGGAUUAACGGUCGUCCUGGUAGUUACGUGCGCAUUGCAAGCAAAUGGAGGUUAGAAGAGUGUCACCCCAGUGGUUGCCUCACAGACCUCUUUACCCAAAUGGCCAUCAUAAUGGUACUCAAGCAAACCAUCAGCAACGUCUUUGAGUUCACCGGCCCGUGGUUCGGCAAGUGGUUGAGGAGGAAAAGAACUCCCAAGCUUCGCAGGAAGUGUGCCUACUGCUACCUUAAAGACGACUCUAGACACGGCGAGCUGUGCGAGAACUGCAAGCUGCGAGAUUGGCUGAGCAACUACCGCCUCAAUGAUGUGGACUCCUUCAGCCUUUUUAAAGAGUUCCUAGAGAUGGUGAUCCAGUUCAGCUUCACCACAAUAUUUGUGGCAGCGUUUCCACUCGCUCCUCUGUUGGCCCUAAUCAAUAACGUGGUUGAGAUUCGCUUGGAUGCAAUUAAGAUGGUCACCCUGGAGCGCAGACUGGUUCCCAAGAAGACAAAUGAUAUCGGUGUGUGGAUCAAUUUGUUGGAGGCUAUUGGGGUAUUAGCCGUCAUUGCGAAUGGGCUCGUCAUCGGCGUUUCUUCAGACUUCAUCCCUCGAUUGGCAUAUCGUUUCCUUUACGGUCCGUGUUCCAACGGCACCAAGACAGUAUCUGAUUGCAUGAGCGGCUACAUAAACAACACUCUUUCCAUUGCAAAGAUGCAGCUGGUCACUCCUACUGGAUUGAAUGUCUCCUCCUGCAGCUAUAAAGACUACAGGGACAACGAGGAUUAUAACCACACACCACAAUACUGGCUUAUUUUGGCUCUGCGCUUUGCAUUUGUCAUCUUGUUUGAGCACAUUGUGGUAAUAUGCAAAUUCAUCGCAGCCUGGUUUGUCCCAGCCUCCACCAUGGCGGUCAAAAACGACAGACUCCUUGAUAAGCUUAAAAGACUAAAAGAAGAACUCAGGUCGUUUGAGAGUGGGCGUUGACACUUUAAUGGAGUGAAUUUUCUCAAAAUGGAAUAUGAACCCAGUGUUGCCUUGUGGAUUUAAUUGUCCCAACGAUCAAUGUUGAGUCAACUUCCAAGCCAUCGAUCAUCACCUUGAAGUGUUCAACUACUAGAGGACUCUGACUCUUUUACUUUUGCUAUCAUUGUGUUAUUAUACAGUCAGCCAUUAGAAGCUGGCUCGUGUAAAUACAUAUGAAUAACACAUUCCUGCAUGGACGAGUAUGCAGUCACUCAUUUUACUGUCUUUCAUGAUAUUAUGUGUGUUCUAUUCUGAGAAUGUGCUCAGUUUCCUGAUUGAUCUCAGUAUUUGUGACUUUUAUUUGUCGGUCAAGCCUCAUGGUAAUUUUUACUGCUAUCGAUUGUUUUACAAUGUUGCCUUAUAUUGUGAAAAGUGGUUAUUGCCAUUGUUGCUGAGUGACUGACAGAAGGCAGGAGAACGUUUUGCAUUUUCAUGUUUUAUACAGAUAAGAGGAACGUCACAUCCUCAAGGAAUGUCUUUAUAUUUAAAGUUCUCUUUGAAUGUGGCAGUUAAUGUAGUAAAUGUAGUCAAAAUGUUUGACUACAAAACAUUACAUGUGCUGUGCUGUAAGUACUUUUAUCUGAGCUUCUUUUUUUUAAAAUGAUGUUUACAAUUGUUUGUCAGUGUUAUUU